UUAAGUUUUCUUGUCAGAACGGCUGGUGAACUAGGGGUCUUUGAUGUUUGUUUGACAUACAGGCGGUACUGAGUUGCACUUUCAACUGACAUGUCGGUUUUUGUUUUCAUUACAUCGCUCAUUUUGAGGAUAUUACGCUCAUUUAGCCGAUUAGUUUGAUGAAGUUUCUCUGCGACUGAUCUAUGGCGAUUCUAAAGUGCUGCGCUCAGUAAAGCUGAAGUCAGCUUUUCUUCAGAUGUUGCGUUAACAUUCGCUAGUUUGCAACCUAGUCAAGUUAACUAUUUCCGAUAUGUUUACAUGGAGAAAUGUGAUACAUACGAAUGCAUGGACCUUUGGACUUAACUUAGCCUGAGAGUCGAUGGCUACCGAGCAAGAAGACGCAGCUGGGCUAGUGUGAAACAUCGGACCAAGUUACGCUAACAAGGAGCAUGAGAAAGGCAGCCCAGGUGCAUGGAGCCUCGUCUGCACUCGAGGACCAGCUGCCGUGCCCUCCGCAGACCCUGCAGGGAGAGGUGCCAGGACCACCAGCGCAACCCUUGGAUGACCUUUGCCCUCUUCAGGAAGUGAGUCACUGGGCCGGCUCGGGUUGUGUGGCACAGGUUCGGCCUGUGGGAUCGGAGCCUUGCAGCGAGGAGAGCAGGUUGAACGGACUCAACAGCCAGGCCUGGUGCAAUCCUGUGAUUGGUCAACCGGAGGCCAAGCCCUACCCCUCCAGAAUUAUGCGCCUCUUGUCCAAUCAGAAGCGGUGUGGGGACGCUGCGUCGGAAAGGACUCCAAACCAUGGCCCCACCACAACCCCCCAGAACUGGUCAGGGCUGUCGGGUCUGAAGGUCAUGGGGUCAUUCAAGAAACUGCGCUCCACUGUGUUCCAGGGCAUCCAGAGCCGAGGCAAUGCCAUGACAGCCAAUCAGGAUGAAGAUCAUACAAUGAUAGCCAAUGAUGAUGCAGUGUGCGUUGACAUAUCCAGAGGACAACAACCUCAGCAGCGGUGCAAAGAGGGUUAUCGGGUGAAUGGAGUGUGUGUUGGGGAAUCGAUCGUUGGGAUCUGUUCUGGCGUCUCGGACGAUGAUGAGGAUGAAGAUGGAAAUGACGAACGACUCCAGAGGAAUAGCCACUUCUCUCGCAGCAUUCGUCGGGCCUACGGAUCCGGGCGGAUCUCACUUCUGGAUAUGGGAUAUACCCCAAGGUCGCCCAAAGCGGCUGCUCCUUCUCCAUCCAGGCGUCCUCGCCCCGUAAGCACGGUGUUUGCUGGCUCCGAGGAGCACCUGCCAAGGGAGGCCAAUGGGAGGGCGCUGAGCCAGAUGAGCAAGAGCGCCGAGAACCUGCACCUCUUCAAGGCCCCUUUUAAGCGCAAGACCGCCUCGGCUCACCUCGCCCAUCCCCCACAACGGGAACUAGAAACUGAGCCAGAACCAGAACCGGACACCCCAGAACGGGGCCGAACCCUCAACAUCAAUCGGACCACGAGCGCCUCCUCAGUGGACAGUCACGAGCGGGCGUCGGGUCGCUGGCGGAGUCCCAGCAGAACCCGGGCCCAGAUGCACAGGCUGGUGGGCAGCCUGACGGACCUGACCUCCAGACGUCCUCCCAUCGCCCCUCUGGCCCCACAGGCGCCGCUUUCGCCCCUUAGCCGACUCCAUGACGACUACUCACGCCGAACGCCCUGCUUGCCUCCCUCGGACCGCCAGCGCCGACCCUCGCCCGCGCGCGUCAAGGCCACGUCUGACAUGGAGGGGGGUCAGAGGGUCACUGCUGUCACUUUGGAGCACACACCCUCCAUACACCCUGUCCCCCUCUGCUCCCUCCACCCGAUGGAGGUUGGUGACAAACACAACGCAGAGCUUCACAACCUAUCCCUACUGCUGGCAAAUCAGUGUGUGGUGCCACUGACAUCAUCGCCUCGGUCAGGCGCCCGUGCUCCCAGGGAUAAAUCCACUGGGAAUUGUGGGCCAGUGGAGGACCAGAGACCUGGAACAGUUUCCCUUCUGCAGCCUUGUCCACAGUCUGUACCCGACCAAUCAGAGGAUCCCUUACAGGAGCAGUCAAGGUGCAUAUGGAAGACAACAGAGAAAGAUGCAGAUGAACAAGAGUCUGCUGGAGACCCUAAAGGCACAGAAGAUGUCACAGAAGCCAGAGUGCUGCUAUCCAGCUGCCAACCUCUGGCUGACUCUGUGCCCAGCUUGCCCGCCACUCUGACCCCUACAGAGUCUCCUGCCAGCCCUACACCAGCGUCCGGUACCGACCCCCCCACUGCAGCAGUGAUCCGGCGCCGCCCGGGGAGACCCAGACCACGGCCCAUCUCCGACUAUGCCCAGCUGGUGAGCAGGAAGUUCUCCAUCCCAGAGGAGGAAGGGGCAGAGCUGCGACCACAGCCUGAGGCUGCCGCUACCGCUGCUGUCAUCCCCUCCCACGUUAACAGUAGCGCUGCUGCUAAUGGUGACGGUCAAAAAUAUCGUCAUGGCAACAGUCCUCAGGAUGACCACUGGAGACGACCCAUGUCCGCCAUCGAAGGAAUGGAAUUCUUCCCCUCACCUGGCGCUGACGACAGGGAGGACCUUGACAGCCUGCCCUCGCCGGUGACGCGCCCCCCUAUGCCGUCCCACCAGGUGCCCCCCUACAAGGCGGUGUCGGCGCGCCUCAGGCCCAACAUCCUGUCUCAGAGCACGCCCAUCGGACUGGACCGGGUCGGACGCCGCAGGCUGCACCGCGUGCUCAGUGAUGGCAUCUCAGAGGGAUGCUCGGUGCUGGAUGACAGCGUAAGCGAGGAGGAUGGCAGCUUUGAUGAGCUCACCAACGUUACCUCGUACCUACAGUCUGGAGUGGAGCUCACUGCCCUCAACCAGCUCAUCAACUCGGGCCACGUGGUGUAUGCGGAGGCCCUGUGGGACCACGUCACCAUGGAGGAGCAGGAGCUGGCCUUCCAGGCGGGGGACGUGAUCCGCGUGUUGGAGGCCUCCAGCAAGGACUGGUGGUUUGGGCUGGUGGGCGACAGCGAGGCCUGGUUCCCCUCCAGUUUCGUGAGGGUGCGUGUGAACCAGGAAGACUCAAGCGGAGGGAGCGUGGAGAGUGUAGAGAUGGCUAUGGACCAGGAGGCGGUGUUGCCUAGAGACAAGAGGGCGCAGAGCACGGAGCACAGGGAUCAGAUGAGGACCAACGUCGUCAGGGAGAUCAUGAGCACUGAGAGAGACUACAUCAAACACCUGAGGGACAUCUGUGAUGGAUAUAUCCGCCAGUGUCGCAAACACCCAGGCAUGUUCACAGACCUGCAGCUCAAAACCAUCUUCAGCAACAUCGAGGACAUCUACAAGUUCCAGAGGAAGUUUCUGAAGGACCUUGAGAAGAAGUACGACAAGGAGGAGCCCCACCUGAGUGAGAUCGGCCACUGUUUCCUCCAGCAGGGGGAUGGUUUCUCCAUCUACUCUGACUACUGUAACACCCACCCCGUGGCGUGCGUGGAGCUGCAGCGGCUGAUGAAGCUGAGUCGCUACAAGCACUUCUUCGAGGCCUGCCGGCUGCUGCAGCAGAUGAUCGACAUCUCGCUGGCCGGCUUCCUGCUCACGCCCGUGCAGAAGAUCUGCAAGUACCCGCUGCAGCUGGGCGAGCUGCUCAAGUACACGCCCAAAGACCACAGUGAUUACAGGGGCGUGAGCGACGCUUACGAGGCGAUGAAGAACGUGGCGAGCCUGAUCAACGAGAGGAAGAGGAGGCUGGAGAGCAUCGACACCAUCGCCCAAUGGCAGGUCUCCAUCCUGCGCUGGGAGGGCGAGGACGUGCUGGCGCGCAGCUCCGAGCUCAUCCACUCGGGGGAGCUGACGCGCAUGGUGCGCCAGGGCAAGACGCAGCAGCGCAGCUUCUUCCUCUUCGACCACCAGCUGGUCUUCUGCAAGAAGGACGUGCUGCGCCGUGACCUGCUCCACUACCGCGGGCGGCUGGACACGGACGCCACCGAGCUGCAGGACCUUCCCGACGGACGCGACGCGGAGCUGGGGGGCGUCAGCCUCAGGAACGGCAUCAGGCUGAGGAAUGCAGAGACGGGGGAGGUGUGCACGCUGUGCUGCCGCAAGGCCGAGGACAAGCGCCGCUGGCUGGAGGCGUUCGCCCGGGAGAGGAGACGCGUGCAGGAGGACCAGGAGAUGGGUAUGGAGAUCAGUCAAGAACAACGGAAACAAGCGAUUCUCAACGCCCAGAAAUCAAAGCAAGGCAAAAUAAAAAGUAUGGGUUACUCCGGCCACCCAGUGCCUACGCAGUACCAGCCCCUUCACCCCCUUCAUCAGCGCCACGUUACCGUGCCAACCAGUGUCCCGCAGCAACAGGUGUUUUCCUUAGCCGAGCCAAAGCGGAAACCCACCCACGUCUGGUACAACCUCACUCGAAACGCCCUCUUCAGGAAGUAGAGCAAAAGCUCAUCCUACCCCUGGUACAACUUCAAUGGUCAUGCCCUCUUCAGACAGUUGAAUAAAAGCCCUCACUGGCCACAUCCUUUUCAGGAAGUGAGGAAUAGUGAGACAGUGCUCCUUUAAAGUAUACAUAAUAUGAGUAGAAUAUCUAUAGGAAGACAUGUUGCCCAAUCGAUGUGAAGCCCCACUGAAGUUUGGCCUGUCAUGAACUGAAUGUUAUUGUGUUGCUUAAAACACAUAAAAUACGUUUUGUUUUACAAAGUGCCUAUGAUUUGGAAAAACCACAGGAGGCUUUCCCAUCAUGCACCAUAUUUACUGUGUAGGUGUGUGUGUGUGUGUGUGUGUGUGUGUGUGUGUGUGUGUGUGUGUGUGUGUGUGUGCGCGCGCAUGUGCACGUAUGUGUGAUUGUGUGUGUGCGUUUUCGUGUGUGUGUAAGUGCCUGUGACUUGAGGGUGGAGAGAGCCCAAAAGUGUUAUGUGAAUCUUGAUUCCAUCCAUUUCACUGGUGUGGUGAACAUGCUACUCAUAUUGAGAUUCUCCCUUCCCCUCGACCUACAAAUGUGUUUUAUAUUAAUAACGGCAAUGAUGUAUAUUCGGCUUUUAAAUUACAUAUUCCUAUGUCUUUUUUUGUUUUAUUUUAUGUCUGUAUAUUUAAGGCUGGAACCUUCUGAAUUUAGACCUCACUUGUGAUGGCCGUAACCGCCUGAUAUGAGCUUUAGGAUGACCAGAUCAGUUGUUCUGCACACUAACACUUCACGUUAUGUAAAUAAACUCAUGUACAAAUCUUA